AGUCCCCCCCAAAAUACACACUUACACUUACAAACACACACAUUAUAGAAGGCAGGCGAGAGAGAGCGAGGGGGACGAGAUGCCCUACACACCGUCUGGCUUUUUCUGCGACCGGCUCAUUCGGGAGCGUGAGCGGCGCGACGGCGAAGGAACAGUGAACAAGCCACUGCGUUUUAACGGACAGGACUUUGGCGCCCUGCGACGAGAGUAUACCCAGCGCGGGACCCUCUUUGAAGACGACUCCUUCCCGGCUAACAGCGAGUCGCUGGGAUUCAGAGAGCUCGGACACAAAUCCAACAAAGUCAGGAACAUCGUCUGGAAGAGGCCCAAAGAAAUUAGCGAGAAUCCACAAUUCAUUGUUGGAGGAGCCAGCCGUACCGACAUUUGCCAGGGAGAUCUCGGUGACUGUUGGCUCCUGGCCGCCAUCGCCUGCCUCACCCUCAAUGAAAAGCUCCUCUACCGGGUGGUUCCUCCAGAUCAGAGUUUCAUACAAGACUAUGCCGGAAUAUUCCACUUCCAGUUCUGGCGCUAUGGAGACUGGGUGGACGUGGUCAUCGACGACCGCAUCCCGACCUUUAACAACCAGCUGGUGUUUACAAAGUCGGCGGAGAGGAAUGAGUUCUGGAGUGCGCUGCUUGAGAAGGCCUAUGCAAAACUGCACGGCUCCUACGAAGCCCUGAAGGGUGGUAAUACAACCGAGGCCAUGGAGGACUUUACGGGUGGUGUGACCGAGUUCUACGAAAUGAGGGAGGCUCCCAGAGACCUCUACAAAAUCAUGAAGAAGGCUCUGGAGAGAGGCUCACUUAUGGGCUGCUCCAUUGAUUCCCUUGUCCCUGCUCGCUUCGAGACCCGGACCUCCACUGGCCUGGUGAAAGGCCACGCUUAUUCCGUGACAGCGGUGGAGGAAUGUCGGCCCUCGCAGCACAGAGACAACAAAGUGCGCCUGGUGCGUCUCAGGAACCCUUGGGGCCAGGUGGAGUGGAAUGGACCCUGGAGUGACAACUCCAAAGAGUGGGCUACACUUCCCAAGGCUGAGAAGGAGAAGCUACAGCACCACAGCGCAGAGGAUGGAGAGUUCUGGAUGUCCUUUGAGGACUUCAAGAAGAACUUCACCAAGAUCGAAAUAUGCAACCUCACACCCGAUGCCCUGGAAGAUGACAAGAUCCAUAAGUGGACCGUCUCUGUCAACGAAGGACGCUGGGUGCGAGGCUGCUCAGCCGGAGGCUGUAGAAAUUACCCUGAUACUUUCUGGACCAACCCUCAGUACCGCUUACGCUUGCUGGAGGAGGAUGAUGACCCCGAGGACAACGAGGUGGGCUGCACCUUCGUGGUGGCUCUGAUGCAGAAGAAUAGGCGGAAAGAGCGCAGGAUGGGCGCCAACUUGUUCACCAUCGGCUUUGCCAUUUACGAGGUCCCCAAGGAGAUGCACGGAAACAAGCAGCACAUGCCCAAAGACUUCUUCCUGGUCAGUUCAUCCAAAGCACGCUGCAAGUCCUACAUCAACCUGCGCGAGGUCACUCAGCGCUUUCGCCUGAGCCCCGGCGAGUACGUCAUCGUGCCGUCCACGUACGAGCCGCACCAAGAGGGCGAGUUCAUCCUCCGCGUCUUCUCGGAGAAGAGGAACACGUCAGAGGAGAUCGAGAACAGGAUCGAGGCCGACCAUCCAGUGCCAGCACCGGCCUCUGCGAAGGAGGCGAGCGAAGAGGACCGACAGUUCCGGACCAUUUUUCAGGAGAUUGCAGGAGAUGACAUGGAGAUCACCGCCAACGAACUGAGAAAAGUUCUCAACAUGAUCAUUGCCAAACACAAGAACUUGAAUACAGACAGCUUCAGCCUGGAGAGCUGCAGGAGCAUGAUAGCUCUGAUGGACAUGGAUGGGACGGGUCGCCUCAACCUUCAGGAGUUCCGCCACCUUUGGAAUAAGAUCAAACAAUGGCAGGGAAUAUUUAAGCACUACAACCCAGACCAGUCAGGCAGCAUCAACAGCUAUGAGAUGAGGAACGCCGUGAACGACGCAGGCUUUCGCCUCAACAACCAGCUGUACGACAUAAUCACCAUGCGCUACGCCAACGAGAGCAUGAACAUCGACUUCGACAGCUUCAUCAGCUGCCUGGUCCGCCUCGAGGCCAUGUUCAGGGCGUUUCAGGCCUUCGAUCAGGACGGAGAUGGUACAAUCCGACUCAGUGUACUGGAGUGGCUCCAGUUGACCAUGUAUGCCUAAAGACGAUGACCCGCAUGAGGACCAGACCUGCCAAGACUUUACCUCAUCACUCUUCCCCACUUCAGGCCAUUUGCAUCUAUUCUUCACCCCUAACCCGCCCAAAGAAAUCACUAUCUCACACACUUCCUCCUCAGUUCCGGCCAUUUGCAUCAAUCAUGUGGUUUUUUCCUUCCGCAAACUUCCCAGUCUUCAUUCACGGAGACACCUGACAUUCCUUCCUGCCAACAUUUUCUCCUCAGUUCAGGCCAUUUGCAUCUAUUUUGUGCUUUUGUCCUUCCUGCCACCUGUGUACUUUGUUUCCACUCAGGCAUCAUACACACACACACGACGACCUCUUUUGAUACCUCACGGAGCCUCGCACCAAUACGCACACACCCGUAGCUAUAGGCGAGGACUCACAGUGGACAACUUGUCAAAUGAUUUCUUUGUUCACAUCAACGUUUCAGGUUCCAUGAAGAGAAUACGGCUGUAAAAGGUUGGACUGCUGCUUUUUUGUUGUGAUUUUUAUUUUUCCUUUAUGCUAUUUAAAGCUUUAGUCACAUGAGUGUCAUGCAUUUUUAAAAGCAUUUUAUUCCCACCAUUAAAUCAAUACAUGUUUAAAGUCACACGAUUGGUAUUGUUCACAAAGAAUUUUUGAGAAGUAGACCGACGUAAAGGACUUCUUAAUGUUGCAAAACGUAAUA